AUGUCCACGGGCGGCACCACCGACUCGCUCUCGCUCGUCAUCACGCUCGCGGGCAACGCCACCGCCCCGCAGUGCGGGGAGCUGAGCGUCAACUUUGUCGGCUCUUACCCCCCAUACGACUUCGACAUCCUCGAUGCGAACCGCCGCGUGCUCCCCAGCGGGGGUUUCUUCAUGCAUUCCGACAAUGCGUCUGGCACGCGCCCGAUCACGAUGCGCGCGUCCCCGGGGACGGCAUACAUCCAGAUCGUCGACUCCAAGGGGCAGCAGGCCACCACCGACGCGGUGACAGUCACGCCGGGGAGCACAAGCUGCAUGCCGUCGAGCGUGAGGGUGCCGGUACCGUCGUCGGGGUCCGUGACGCAGUCGCCCUCGUCGGGUGGCGGGCUGAGUUCCAGCCAGAUCGCCGGCGCGGCGAUCGGCGGCCUGCUCGUCCUCUGCCUGCUGACGCUGCUUGUAUGGCGAUGUGAUCGCCGCAGGCGGUGGCGUGCUGCCGACGCGGCGCCGGCGCCCCCGCGGCCCGUGCGCACUGCGGACCCGCAGCAAGAGGCGUGGCAGGCGCGGUGGACAGCGGCCGGGGCGCCGAGACCGACGCCAAGGAGGGACGAGGAGAGAGCGACGGCAGAACAGCACGAGGAAGUAGCACCGCCUUAUGAGUCGCCAGGGGAGGAGAGGCCGCCGCUGUACAAGGCUGAGAGUGGCUCGUCGGGCGAGCACACGCCGCCACCACCUACAACGUAUCCGCCACGACCGCGAUGA